AUGGCGUCUGUCAAGCAAACACCACUCUCGUGUAGUGGGCAUACGAGGCCAGUUGUCGACUUGUCAUUCAGCCAAGUUACACCGUAUGGUUAUUUUUUAAUCAGCGCAUGUAAAGAUGGCAAGCCCAUGCUUCGUCAGGGUGAUACUGGAGAUUGGAUUGGCACAUUUCUAGGACAUAAAGGUGCUGUAUGGGGUGCCACGCUGAGCAGAGAUGGUGAAAGAGCCGCUACAGGUGCUGCAGAUUUCACAGCUAAAGUAUGGAGUGCUGUGACUGGGGAUGAGAUCUAUUCCUUCACCCAUCGUCAUAUCGUGAAAACAGUGGAUUUCUCUGAGGAUGGAUCUAGACUUCUUACUGGUAGCAAUGAGAAACUCAUGCGUAUCUUUGAUUUAAAUCAUCCUGAAUCAGAACCCCAAGUAAUCAGUGGACACACGUCUAGUAUACGGGAUGCCCUCUGGUGUCAGAAAGGCAAAACUAUUAUCAGUGCAGCUGAAGACAAAACUGUUAGGAUGUGGGAUGUGGCAAGUAAUCGUGAGAUUAUGAAGAUAGAUUUAGAUUCGUCUAACUUGAAUCUUGAUAUAAAUAAUGAUGGUUCGAUUCUUGUCAUCACUCAUGGUAAAAGUAUAUCCUUCUAUAAAACAGACAGUCUUGAAAAACUCAAAUCGUACGAAGCGCCGACACCUGUAUACUCUGCUUCUCUUCAUCCUGAAAAGCUGUGUUUUGUUGCUGGAGGAGAAGACUUUAAAAUUUACAAGUUUGACUACGAAACAGGACAAGAGCUAGAAUCUUAUAAAGGACAUUUCGGUCCCGUCCACUGUGUGCGCUUUUCACCAGACGGCGAGUUAUACUCUAGCGGCUCAGAAGAUGGCACAUUACGACUCUGGCAGACGUCAGUCGGAAAAACCUACGGACUCUGGCGAUGCGUACUUCCUGGUGAAGAUAUCACAAACUCCUCGUCACAGGCGAUCAAAACAGAUGCUUGAACAUGUGCUUUCUGACUAGACUAGAUUUGAUUUUGUUUCCAUAUUAUUGAUGUUGAUCACCACACACUAGACUGCCCAUUUGACUAGACGCCUAUCAAUGGUCUUUAUAUUAACUCAUGACAUGUAUUGAACCUCCUGGUUUUUCAUCACAAGUGGCAUCCAAGAUCAACAUACUGCCCUCAGUUACUUGUGCUCAAAAACCAACCAUUUUCAAAGCUAAGCAUUCUGCAGUAUGCAUUAAAAUUUUAUGUCAACUGAACAAUGAGAGAGUAGUAUCCAUUCAAUGCAUUGUGACAAAUAUGGCAUUUUAAGUUACAACUACUGUAAAGGGGAUAAUUAUUCACUGGGUUUUAAUUUUGCUUAUUUCGCUUACUGGAAAAUGUGCUAAAUUAAAACCCAGUGAAUAUGUAAAAUUUAGCAUAGAACACAUUAUCUUAAUGAUAAAACCGUAAAUUUAAAACCCACUGAAUAUGCCUAACAUGGUAAAUCAGCGAAAUUUAAACCCAGUGAAAAUUAGCCAUUUUACAGUAUUAUCAUCAGGGUUUGGACUAAUGCUAGCACACUAGCUAAAUCAAAUUGAAUAGGUACUUUUCCGUACAAUUGCGAGAUCUCGCGAGAUGCAUGAAAGACGCGCGUCGAACGUCUGCCGCAAAAAUCGAACGAUUUGAUUUUGAACUCGAAUUUCCUUAUUUCGUAGCUCACACCGACCGGCCGAUCUUCGACAGAGGAAUAUUGCUUCCGAAUACCCUUACUUAAUCGAAAUUGCCUAUCAUCAAAUGUGGACAGCACAUUAUUAAGCAUGGAAAUGUCCCCAAAAUACUUUUGCGUUUGUCGAAUCCCACGCGAUGUUUGACGCGACUACGACGCUAUGACCUUUGUUUGUCCUGUUUUUACGUUCGAUUUCACGCAUAACGCGUGAUUCUCGCAGUGUACGGAAAAUGGUCUAUUGUAGAGAUGACAAGACACACAUUUUCCAAGUCAAUGAAAAAUACAGUGAAAUAUCUGAAUAAGGUGUACAACUAAAUAUAAAAUAUUUUCAUCAUGAAUUGUUGAAUUUUGUCAAAUAAUAUAUAUUUUGCAUAUGUUAACAGAACUUGUGUUAGGGCUAAUCGUUAAAUCGUUGAAAAAGUGAGUGCUAAAUCUAACUGUAAAACUCUUUGAAGUAUGUGCAUAUCGUUUUAGCGAAUUUACCUCAAUGCUACGAAUCAGGAAACCAUUGUGCGAAUAUUUUUUUGUUGUUGAAUUUACAUGAGCUUGUUAGUUAAAUCAACUUUCCUGCCAUGAAGACUUGUUACACAAAUCUUAUAAACACGUACGGUACCAUUUUUGCACUAUUAGAAGAACAUCUCCAAUAAAAGCGCACAUUGACCAAAUAUUGCAUUUUUAUUAUGUUUACCCAAAACACACUGUAUGCAUAUGCAUUAUUAAUAUAGCAUUUACAGUGUACUCUUAUCAUGUCAGUACAUGUGUUUGUAUUUGAUGAGAUAAACGUACAGUAGUAAAAUGUUUAGUUAGACAAUAUUCAUAUUCAGUCACACACAAUGAAUUCUAUUAUGCACAUAAUUGAUGUACGUGAUAUGCAUAUGUAUAACAGCAGUAAACUAAGUUUGAUUACCCAUACAAAUAAAUUGAACCAAAUUUCAUUAAUGUAGAAUUAAGAUUUACACUUUAUAAAUAUGGCUGCGAUUCCUCUUGUUGUAUUCAUUGCAUAUCUAUAUCAGUGAGCUAUAAUUAAUUUAUUGUUUACUGUUAUGAUACCUUCC